AUGUACAACCCGGGCGCGGUGCUCGCGGCAUGCGGGGACGGCAUCACGACGCUACGGUCGGUGCAUACCCAGCUGACGAUCCGGCGGUUGUGGCGAAUAGAUGACAUCGUGCACACCCGUGUUCGGACACUCGGAGUUGAAGAGCAUCACUUGACGAUAGAGUCCGCAUGUCGUCCUUCGCCGUCGGCCUGCUACUCACUCCCUUUUCAACCUUUCACGGCGCGGCUGUACGCCUCGCCCACCCUAACGUCCGCCAUCGACUCCGUCAAGCUCGAGGGCGACGCGCCCCAAGAACGUGCCCCUCCCACCAAGAAGCCGCAUCGUACGAAGCUCGCAGCGUCCGCCGUCGAUCCACCCUCGCUCAAGAAGCCGCGCGGGAAACCGCCGAAAGCCCGCUCAGAGGCUCCCGCCGCGCGGCCCCCGUCGCCUCCCCUCCUGAAGUUCCGUCCGCUCUCGUUCCCGGCGUAUCCAGACGACGGCCCACUCGCGCGAGCCGCGUCGUUUGACAUCCCGAAGCACCUGCCACUCGUGCGCGCUGGCUCGAUCUCGGGCGUCAGCGCGCUCUGGGGCCUCACCUGGGACCCGGCGGAGUGCGCGAACAUGCUCCUGAGCGCGCUGCCGUGGCUCGCGGGUGCGGCGUACGCGCCGGUCCCCAUCCACUUCUCCGAGCGCGAUGUGCUCUUUGGUGAGCACUCCCUCUAUGGGACGUAG